AGGGGGGUUGGCGGCCUCGUUACUUUGGGUUUGUCUUCUCGUCUUUCUUCUCUCUCCGCGCCCGUGUUGGCAAUGUCCGGCCGAGGCAAACAGGGCGGUAAGGCGCGCGCCAAGGCCAAGUCGCGCUCUUCUCGCGCGGGGUUGCAGUUCCCCGUAGGCCGCGUGCACCGGCUGCUCCGCAAAGGGAACUACUCCGAGCGGGUCGGGGCCGGCGCGCCGGUGUACCUGGCGGCGGUGCUGGAGUACCUGACUGCUGAAAUCUUGGAGCUGGCGGGCAACGCGGCCCGCGACAACAAGAAGACGCGUAUCAUCCCGCGCCACCUGCAGCUGGCCAUCCGCAACGACGAGGAGCUCAACAAGCUGCUGGGCCGCGUGACCAUCGCGCAGGGCGGCGUCCUGCCCAACAUCCAGGCCGUGCUGCUGCCCAAGAAGACGGAGAGCCACCACAAGGCCAAGGGCAAGUGAGGCUGCGGAGGCGGGCCGGCAACGGCCGUGUGCCCCGGGGGCCCUGUGACACCAAAGGCUCUUUUCAGAGCCACCCACGGUUUCAAGAAAAGAGCCACACUGACCACGCAGCUUUGUCUUACCAAGGCUGCGUUCUU